CCGCGCAUACCACACGCAUCCACGGGGAGUCGCCGUCAUAACUUCAUUCCGGCCAUUUAGGGCCACACGUUUUGGCGAUCCUGCCAGUCCAGUUUUUGGAUCCUGUCGCUGAUUUCAUGAGCCGCCAUGUCCAGCCAGCCGAAGAUGUCCUCCGAGAUGGGAGCGGCCGAGCAGUACGAGAUGGAGCAGCUCGCCGAAGCGGAGACCCAACGGUUGCACAAACUGCUCCGCACUUUGGAGAUCGAACGAAUCACGUUUCUGGACUCGAAGAACAAAUCUAUGCGCAAGUUUCGAGCGAACAUGCGAACCCUGGAGAAGGAGAAACAGCAACUGCAGCUGCAGUUGGACUGCGAGGAGCAUGGCGUUCAUUCGAAGCGGGAAACCGAGAUGGAAUCGGAGCUGGACCUAACGUACGAGAGGCAAGAGAAGGCCAACCAUAAUCUGAAAGCGAAGAAAGAAGGGCUGCGGGAGCUGGAGAGUCACAUCAGGAAGAUACAUCGCGAAAUUGCGGAGAUAAGGAAGAAUGAGGUGACAGAUAUUAGGUACAAUGAAACGAUUGCGAGAGCGCAACGAUCUGUAAGGAAGCUUGAGAAUAGGUUGGAUGUGGUGAACAAAAAGGCAGGAGUGGCAAUGGCAGAAAAUUCGCAACUGCGGCAGACGAUUGACCACAUGCUGACGGAGAGAGCAACGUUCAAUAUCAUGUGGGAGAAACUGGUGGCGAAACUGAACGAAGGAAAACGCUACAUGAUGGACCUAAUUGAUCAGGCAACUUCGGCGUACGACACUCGGGAGGAGCUGUGCACUAAGUUGCAAAUAUUGAAGGACAAGGGUCAAAGUGAGAAGGUAACACACAUACAGGAGAUGAGAGAACUGCAGAGGAAGUUGGAUCAUGAUGCAAAGCUACAGGAGUUCCUCAGCAUCAAAGGACAGCGACGAUCGAAUGCGGAGCUGGAGGAAAGAGAAGCGCUGAAGAAGCAGAAAAUGCUGGAGAACUUGGAAAAGCAAUAUGCUGAAUAUGAGCAGAUAAUGUCACGAAUCAUGACGUUUUCCGGGGAGGACGAUAUCGACCGUUUGGUGGCUAAGUUCAUUAAGAAGGAGGAGGAAAACUUUGCGUUGUUCAACUACGUGAACGAGUUGAGCCACGAAGUGGAAACGUUGACGGAAAGUGUGCAACUGCUGCAGGAUAAAAUCACUGAACAAAUUGCUAUCAAUGAGUCAAAAGAGCACUCUCAGGAUGACAACAUAGAUGCCCUGCGUUUGGCUGAGGUCACCAGUAAGGAAGAGGCCGAUGCUGCUUUUGAAAUCAAGCAGGUUUGGGAUGUGAAGCUGGACGAGCUGCUGCGAACUGCGGAAAGAAUUUACAAACUACUCCACUGCGACGAAGCACCGAUCCUGAACUUGCUGAAUAAUGAGAGCAAGGUUACGCUUAACAACGCAAAGUUGUUUCUCGGAAUCAUCGAACGCCGCGUGGCCAACAUCAUUAGCAACGUCAACUACGUGGAACCGACGACUAAAAUACUGGGCAAGAAGGAUCGCGUGCCGAAUUUCAACGUUAAGGAAUCGGCCAAAAUUCGGGUCGAUAGAGGCUAG